AAAUGUGUCGUGAGCUUGAAGUGAGAGAGUGUCUUUUCUAAAAGAAAUUCGAAUCCCUCGUCGUUUGGAAGAAAUAAAACGUAAAACCUAAACUCUAUGUCUGGGAUGUACGGUCAUAACGGCGAUUCAGCGCCUCCAUCUUACGGCGGCUAUGGAGGCGAUGGUGGUUACGGAGGCGGUGGAGGUCGAGGUGGAGGCGGCAGAGGAUAUGGCGGAGGAGGAUAUCAAGGAGGAGAUCGAGGUGGAAGAGGUGGCGGAGGUGGGGGCGGCGGAGGUGGUAGCAGAGGAGGCGGACGAGGCGGAAGCGGAAGAGAUGGUGAUUGGAUGUGUCCUAACCCUAGCUGCGGAAAUUUGAACUUUGCAAGAAGAGUUGAGUGCAAUAAAUGCGGUGCUGCUUCCCCUGCCGGUGGUGGCAGCAAUGAUCGUGGUGGAAAUGCUGGAGGUUAUAACAAAGGAGGAAGUAUGGGAAGUCGUGGUGGUGGUGGUGGUAGAGGGGGUAAUUAUGGUGGAAAUAAAAGUAGUAACUACGAUGAUAGUGGCCGAGGUAGUGGUUAUGACAAUAGGGGUGGCGGCAAUAGGGGAGGAUCGCAUGGAAGAGAUGGUGGUGGUGGUUACAACGAGAUGCCUCCACCUGCAGUCCCAUCCUACGGGGGUUCUGGAAAUAAUUAUGCGCCUCCUCCUAAUUCAUAUGGCGGCAAUUCAAAUUUUGGGGCAGAAGCUGUUCCCCCUCCUACGAGCUAUACUGGUGGACCUACAUCUUACCCACCAUCUUAUGAUGGCGGUCCUGCGGGUGGUUACGGUGGUGGUGAUGUUACAGCUGAUGCAAGGGGUGGUAGAAGAGGAGGCCCACCAGGUGGUGGAUAUGGUGGUGGUGCUCCUCGUGAAGGAGGUGGUGGCUACAGCAGUGCUUCUGCUGAUACCCCUGCUAAAAUUAAGCAAUGCGAUGGAAACUGCGAUGAUAGUUGUGAUAACUCGAGAAUUUACAUAUCAAAUUUGCCUCCUGAUGUGACUACUGAUGAAUUGAGAGAACUUUUUGCAGGCAUUGGACAAGUUGGAAGGAUUAAGCAGAAGCGUGGCUAUAAAGAUCAGUGGCCCUGGAAUAUAAAAUUGUACACAGAUGAGAAAGGAAACAACAAAGGCGAUGCAGUCUUGUCUUAUGAAGAUCCAUCUGCUGCACAUUCUGCUGGCGGUUUUUACAAUAAUUAUGAUAUGAGAGGUAAUAAGAUCAGUGUUACAAUGGCAGAGAAGACAGCACCAAGGCAGCCUUCAUUCGACCAUGGAGGUGGUGGUAGAGGUGGCUAUGGUGGAGGUGACCGGCGCAGGGAUAAUUACAGAGAUGGAGGAUCUGGCCCUGAUAGGCAUCACCAUGGUGGAAAUCGGUCACGCCCGUACUGAGAAUUUCAGCUCUGAGCUUUUUAUGUACUAAGAAUUGUGGACUGAGAUUUUAUUAUAUUCUGUUUCUUUGGGGGUUCUUAAACUGGAGACUAAAAGGUAGGUUGUUCAUUAUGCUGAGCGAUACAAUACCCUUUUUCUCCUUUUUUCUUGUUCACCUGCUCACGGAGGGAUUUCCGUUUAGGCAUGGGAUUGAUUUUGAUUAUGUGAAUGUUUUUAUAGAGGCAAGUGGAUUAACUCCAAAUUGCUUGCUGCUAAGGUAGGUUGAUGUUUUCAGGUGAGUGCAGCUCUUUAAAACUCUUAA